AGCACUGGGCCUGUAACUACUUCCUGUAAGGGAAGCCCAGUCAGCUGUCACAAUCUGUGAAAGGCGAGAAGAGGGAUCACAGGCGAAGAGAAACACAACCAGAGCUAAAAAUGUCUAGUUUUUUCAACAAGUUUAGUGCUUACACGAUGACUCAACUCAACGAAAUUCUGGAGGACGACGAAAAACUUACAAAAAUGGUACAGGAGAUGGAUGAGAUGCAGGAAGUUCAGCAGAGCAAAGAGGAGACACUGGUCAACAACCGAAGCCUGGCAGAGCAAAACCUCAUCCUGCAGCCCAGACUGGAGCACAACAAAGAGGAGCUCACCAAGCGCUACAGCUGUCUCCAGGAGAGAUUUGAGUCCUAUCAGCUUCGCAAAUCCACCCUAGACCACAAGUCAGGAAACACCUCCCUGGACCUUUUGCUGGCCCUGCUGCAGGCGGAGGGAGCCAAAAUAGAAGAGGAGACAGAGAAUAUGGCUGAUUCAUUCCUGGAUGGUGACAUGACCCUGGAUUCCUUCAUCGAUGCCUACCAGAGCAACAGAAAGCUGGCCCACUUGAGAAGGGUGAAGAUCGAGAAGCUGCAGGAAAUGGUGCUGAAUGGUCAGCGGCUCCCCCAGGCGUCGGUCUCUACCUCCCGAUCUCAGGAUGUGUCGGCAGCAGCCAGACCCUCAUCCUCCUCCCUCCUCAACGAUGCCGGCAGCAGCUCUUCCCCCGUCGCCCAGCCGAGGAGGAAACCCCCACUUCCUCCAUCCCAGCCGGCCCCAAUUCUAAAUCCAUCUCCAACCGCUGCCCCCCAGCCUUCUGUUUUCUACUCAGCAUCGCCAUACCCGCCGAUUCCUCCCAGAACAGGCCAUUCAUUUCCCAACGUCUCCUCUGGCUACCCCACCCACCUACUAUCUCAGUACCCCCCAGCUUUGCCUCAAAGGCCCCCACCCCGGAUGGCCCCGCAGCCUGGCUUCAUCAUGCAAUAAAUAGAUGUAGUUGCCACUCAGAGGACACAGUGCGUGUCGUGGACUUUUCACUCCUGGAACUCCUCUUGAGAACAAUUUUUCUAUGACGUCCGGCUUCUUCGAAUAUGAGCAAUGACAACGCAAGAAGGCGGACCUGCACAGGCUGGGGUGGUCACGUUCGGCUGAAGCAGCUCUCCAAUAAUGUCUGUGGAUUCGUGCUCUUCUCUCACUCCCAUAACACUCCCAACAACAGCAACAACAAAAAAACGUGACGAGAUCGGCCUCGACUCUCGCUAACCUGAGUCCCUUCAGUGGAAAGGUCCAGUGCAGGCUGCUGUAGUCAGUCAGUGUCAGUCUAUGGGUCACUGGGCUGGGACUUGUCAUUUAUCAGCACCUUCUGUCUCCUGGCAGUGCCGUCAGCUCUGCAUCCCCAUUAGUUCCCCUCUCUUACCUCCCUUCAAACAUGCUCCUCAAGCUUUUAUGGAACACUAAAGUCAUUCAAAACAGGGUUUGAUUAGUCAUUUCCAACUGCAGCAUACUAAUUUACUGGUAAUGUAUAUGCAAGCAAAGAGAGACCCUAAUUACUGUGCAGUAAUCCCAGAAUAUAUUCAGGCAUCUAUGCCUCAAUCUGUGCUGUGAUAUUUUGUUUGUUUUUAAAUAUAAUAAUUCACAAGGUACAUAGAAAUAUUUGAGUGUCAGCAUCUUUUUAUGUUAUAGUACUAAUGGAGUUAUGUUAAUGAUAGCCAGGAUAGAGUGAUUAACAUUUCUAAAGGAGGGCUUUGGUUGGUGUAUCUCUUCUUCAAUAUGCGGAUGUGUCUCGAGAGUCCAGACCUGCCUGGUCCAAGAUGGUUGACUGUUUCCACUUGGUCCAUCUCAGAGCAAAAGUCAAAAAGGGAGUUGAAGGAGAGGACCAGUGGCUGAACUAUUGUAACAAAUGACUAGGCCUGUUGAGCCUUGCCUGAAAUGAAGGAUCUUUUGUAUAGCCAUACAGUACACUUCUGGUGUGUGUUGUUUUUUUGUGGGUUCCUGUUGUAAUGCAACACUCCUUUUUAUAAUGUCCUUUGUCUUAAACUCAAUUGGGAUUGGAGAUGAUGCCAACAGUUCUUCUGGAUCUCAUAUGGUCCUGUUCAGUUUUCCGUCACACUGAGCACCAAAGAUUUCCCACAUCACUCUGUGUUCAAACAACAGUCUUUUUUUGUAUGUAAGUGAAACAUUUAGUGAGAUAAUCUACUAUUGUUCCCAACAUAUCUGUUUGUGAUGUUGAGCUCAAACACUCUGUAAACAUGCAAGCGAGAUUUCUUCAAAAGGAACUUGCGAGGUCAACCUGGCUUUGGGAGGAAAUGUUUUUCCGGUGUGAUAGAAAUUCACUUUUAUUCCUCCCAAGUGCUGUAGCUGUGCACUGUUGAAGAGCCAUGAGUGCCUACACUUGAAGUGACGUUGAUCACGUCCUGCUGACUACUCCAUGUUUCUCUAUGCUCCUCCCCAACCCAAGAACAAACUGGCCAAGUAUUUGGUCUUCUUCCCCUCCUGCUACUGAUUUCAUGUUCCACCAGAUGGUAGAAGAGAGCAGUGUCUGACUGUUGACUGUCAGACUUUGCUUUCUCACUAGAAGCAGAAGGCCAGAAUCGAGCGAUACUGAACAUGUGCCAGAGAGACAAGGGACGCCCUCAGGCUAUGCGCCUAGUGGUGCUUGUGCUCCUCUUCCAUUCUUCCUCUAUUUGUAUUGAGGUUUGCCUGGGGUGAAUUCAGAGAUUUGUGCAUGUGUUGUUGCUGGGUUUUUUGUUUUUGGUUGGUGAAAAAACAGGGCUCCAAAAUGUUUUGUGUCAUAUCUUGGUGAUAAUACUUCACCUCAAGGCAAAGAAGUGGACCACAGAAUGGACCAAGCAUACUUGUCAGCAGGCAAAACUACAUAAAAAGCUGAAGCUAAAACAUCAAAAUCACCAUGAGCCAGCAUUUCUAACAACUAACAAUAGAUGAUUCUUUUGUGCAUGGCCUUUGCUCUUUGUGUCCACUCUGAAGAUUCCUCUUUAAUAUAUAUAUUUUUUUUGGGUUGUGUUUAGCUGUUGAGCUGCUUUUUACGUUUGAACUGAUCCUCUGUCCAUGGUUUUAUAUGUGGUUGGUGAUAUUUUCAGUGUAAUGUUGUAGAUGAUUACUUAUAAUGAAUGUUUAAGUGGAAUUUAAUGCUAUUUUCAAGUUCAAUAAAUCUCAUUUUUUUUGUA